GAAGGGGCUCGCCGUCGUCGCCGUCGCAGCGCGACCGAUCGCGUUCGCGGAGAGGAAGAGGCUCCCCGCGCGAUUAGAGGUGGGGGCGUCCGAGUGCUUAUAAGACACGAGGGUCCCGCCGCAAGAGACCGAGAAUCGAUAGUUCGCAAAACCGCGGGGCAAGUAAGAUCAUUCGAGAAGCACGAAAAGGCAAAACGCGAAGAGAAAAAGAAGGAGAGAGAGAGAAAGAGAUAGACAGAUAGAGAUAUACGGGAAAGUAUUUAAACGAACGGUGGACUCGACGUUGACUUUAAGUAAUCACGAUCACCCGCGAAUCGGACGUAUAAAUUAAAAAAAAAAGGAAAACAAAAUUGAUUUAUAUAUAAGGAAACCGAUCUUUCUUUCCACUGUGCGUGCUGCGGUAAGCUCGAGCGAAUCAUCGAGCGGGGAAGUUCGAGGGAAGCAGGAAUUUUGGCGAGGCGUUAUUGGCUACCUGAAGAAUCUGCUCAACCCUUGCGACAGUGACAAGAGCACGAGAUACGAGGGAAUGACGACAAGAGGUAGUCGACGAGCCGCCGCUAGGACAAGCUUGUGUCUGCUGGCGGCACUCGUGCUGUCCUGUGCCACGAGUGGCAUCAACAGGGCCCACGCGUUUCCGCAACCGCAACCGCAACCGCAACCGCAACCGGAACCGCUGCCGCCGGGCUUCUUCUACGGCGAUUCCGCGGACGAGGCAGAAAAUAUCAUGCUGGUGAACCGCCUGAAGCAACUGAUGGAGCAGAAGCACCGGGUGGUCGAACAGGAGCACGAGAUCACCGACGAGCAGAUCGAAAUCCAGGCGAUCCUGGAGGCGAAGGCGCGGGAACGGGAGCGGGAGCGGGACCGCGCCAUGUCGAUGGAACAACCGCCGGACUACUCUGCCGGGGAACCGGAACCGGAAGCGCUGCCGGUACCCGCGGCCAUGAUCCACGAUCAACAACACCCGGGCAAACGACACGGCAUGAACGCAGUUAGCUGUGAAAUGUUCGGCAGCUCAAAAUGGAUCCUUGUGUUGGGGGUGGUAGCGGCGAGCCUGUUGGUCUCGUUCGCACAAAUUUAUCCACCUCCUCCAGAGAGGUUGACCGGCAUGAAUCCUUGUAUCAGUAAACAGACAUGCCAUGAAUGCAUACAGACUCCGCAUUGCGCUUGGUGCGCAGCACCAAAAUUUCCAGAGAAGAGGUGCUUCCUCCCGAAUAUCAAUACCAAAAUAUUUGCAACGUGUCCUCCUGAAUACACAUGGAACCCAGACAAUCUCUUCAGUAUGCUGCGGCACCGGAACUUAACGAAGGGUGGUUACGCCGCUGGCGGCGCAGCAGGAGGAGGAUACGGUAUCGUCGAUACUUCAUACUCCAACUUUUCGUCUUCCAGCUCGUCGUCUUCGCAUUCUCACAAGGAGAGUUGGGGCGGUAGUGGAAGUAGAAGGCAAGAAGCUGUACAAAUGUGGCCGCAAGAAGUUGAUCUGAAGCUCAGAAUAAAUGAAGCUUACAGAAUGUCCUUUGCUUAUUCCCAAGCGGAAGAUUAUCCCGUCGAUCUCUAUUACCUUAUGGACUUGAGUAAAUCCAUGGAGGACGAUAAGAAGAAACUGUCUGAUUUGGGUCAAUUAUUGGUUGAGAGUAUGAGUAAGAUUACCAGCAAUUUCCGUUUGGGUUUUGGUAGCUUCGUCGACAAAGUCGUGAUGCCGUAUGUCAAUACAGUGCCAAAAUCUCUUAUCGAGCCGUGUGAUGGUUGUGCGGCGCCUUAUGGGUACAGGAACAUUAUGAGGCUUUCUCAGGACACGAGCAAAUUUGCGGGAUUAGUACGCAACGCGUCGGUGUCUGGCAAUCUAGACGCGCCAGAAGGUGGUUUCGAUGCAAUCAUGCAGGCGAUAGUUUGUCGGAAUCAGAUCGGUUGGCGCGAGAAGGCGCGCCGACUGUUAGUAUUCUCAACAGACGCUGGUUUCCACUACGCGGGCGAUGGCAAGCUGGGUGGUAUCAUCAAACCGAAUGACGGCCUCUGCCACUUGGAUAUCGGUGGUACGUACACUCACUCGUCUCUGCAAGACUAUCCGAGCAUCUCGCAGAUCAACCUGAAGGUGAAGCAGAACGCGAUAAACGUCAUAUGGGCGGUCACCGAGGAACAGAUCAACGUUUACAAGAGACUGACAAAGCAUGUGGAAGGUUCCUUCGCCGGCAAACUCUCGGACGAUUCCAGCAAUGUCGUGGAAUUGAUCCGCGAGCAGUACGACGCUAUCUCCAGUUCGGUGGAGAUGAAAGACACUGCCAGCAGUGCGGUCAAGGUCAAGUACUUCUCGAGUUGCUUGGGUACCGGACCGGCUGUCGAGACGUCGAAAUGUGAUGGACUGAAAGUCGGCACGAAGGUGGAAUUUAUCGCGGAGAUCGAGGUCACCAGUUGUCCGGCCAACAGAUCGGAAUGGAAGCAAAAGUUUGACAUUUACCCGGUCGGUAUCAACGAGACUCUCACGGUGAAUCUGGAGAUGCUGUGUGACUGCGAGUGCGAGCGUAAAGGUCAUAUGUACGAGGAAUACUCAUCCGAGUGCAGCGGCAUCGGUACGCUCAAGUGUGGCGUCUGCGAGUGCUACGACGGAUUCUUCGGCAAACACUGCGAAUGUAGCUCACACCAGGAGCUAACUGGCUUCGACAAACACUUCCAGUCAUGCCGUCCCGACAACACCACCCUCGUAGACUGUUCCGGUCGUGGCACGUGCGCCUGCGGCCAAUGCGAGUGCGAGGAGCUGGGCAAUGGCGAGAUAAUAUCGGGACAUUUUUGCGAGUGCGACAAUUUCUCUUGCGAUCGUGAUCAGGGUAAGCUCUGCUCUGAUCAUGGCACUUGCGAGUGUGGUCAAUGCGUCUGUAAUUCUGGCUGGACCGGACCAUCCUGCAACUGUAGGUCUUCCAAUGAUUCCUGCAUCGCGCCGGGAACCACGAAUGGUGUGCUCUGCUCGGGCCAUGGCGACUGUAUUUGCGGAGAGUGCAUCUGUCAUGAGGAGGGCAACAUUCGAUAUUCUGGCAAACACUGCAAUAAGUGCCCGACCUGCCCGAGUCGCUGCGAAGAGCUGAAGCCCUGCGUGCAGUGUCAGAUGUACAGCACUGGGAACUACAGCGAGCCGGAGGAAUGCGCGAGGAACUGCAAAGAAUUCGUGCCCGAGGGCGUGGAAACGGUGAUCGUCGACGUGGACAACGACGAGGUGCCAUGCUUUGGCACGGACGAAGAUGACUGCAAGUACAACUUCGUCUACUACUACAACGAGACAAACUGCCUGCAGGUGCGCGCUCAGAACGAGCGCGAGUGCCCGCCACAAGUCUACAUGCUCGGCAUCGUGUUGGGCGUGAUCGCGGCGGUGGUCCUAAUCGGUCUCGCAUUACUACUGCUGUGGAAACUACUGACGACUAUACACGAUAGACGAGAGUUUGCCCGAUUUGAAAAGGAAAGGAUGAUGGCGAAGUGGGACACGGGAGAAAAUCCGAUCUAUAAACAAGCGACUUCCACCUUUAAAAAUCCGACCUACGCCGGAAAGUAACGUGUCUCGAAACGGAGGAGAAGAUAACGUGAGAUUUUCAAGAAAGAAUCGACGCGUCGCUACGACAUAACGCGAUUUCGAAUAAUUCGCAAACACGUGCGAGUGCCGAUGACGCGCGAUUUGGUAUCUUGUCUCGAAUUUAGCAAGAGUUUAAAUUACUCGAAACCUCAACAGCAUAACGAGAUCUAAAGCUAACGUUUUAGCGUAUAUAAUUAUUUAAAGGAACUAAUAUUUAAAUAUAUAUACGUAUACUCUAUUUUUUUGUUGAAAUAUUUGUAAAGAAUGACUUAAUACUGCCAUAUAACAUAGACUGCAUUUCGAAUGCGCGCGCGCACGCGUAAAACGCGCUAUUUGUUUACGAAGUCGUAAUGUUACAUUUUAUUGCGAUCACGUUUUAAGAACCACGCUAGUUAGACUAAUUCUGAGAAUCAAGUGCCUUUAAUGUCAUUAUCAUGGUAAUAUUCACUACCAAGCGUGUAUUAACUCUUGAUUUUUUUUACGUUUCUUACGAUAUACGUAAUGACGUACCAGAUAUUACUUGAUGUGUGAGAUAUAAUUCAGAGAUGAUAAUUCAGAAUCUGGAGAAAAACAAGUCCAUACGAUUUAUUUCACUUUGUCACGUCAGCUAUUUUCUAUACGCAUUAUAUGCUGAGUAUUACUAUUUCUGUAGUGUGUAUUAGAAUAAGUUUACGUUAUCACUUUGAAGAUAAAGAAAAUCAUUCAACAAAUAUUAGAAAAUUAGAAGUUACCAGAAUUUUCGGGAGAACAAACUGGAAUGCCUCACGAACAUUGUUUUUAAUCAGAAAAAUGAUAAGACAGAUAUGAAACUUGAGCAUAUAUAAGCAUAUAUGUCUCGAGGCAAUCACAGUUAUAAUAGCUCGAGAUUUAUUGAAAUGCGAAAGCGACUGUAAUUCCAGGACGAAGCGAAAUAGACUGUAUGUCAAUCUUUUAUUUAUUCUCCAGCGCUAGGGGAGGGUGGGGGGGAAUCCAAUCCGAAGUGUAUCGCACACAUUAAAUCACAUCUCGUACUAUGUUAUAUUUGCUAUACAUGGAAAAAAAGCAUUCUAAUUUUUUCAUUCAGAAACGAAUAACUAUCGAAGAUUUUACUAUUUACGCACUAUUUACCAGUGCAAUCUAUAAGAUACACUUUACACAGCGAAAUUUGACGAAAAUUUGCAUUUACCUGCGAAUUUUUUAUCCUGUAACGUACGUGUUUUAAUCGUUAAAGUGUAUUUUUACGCAACUAAGGAGGACGCGAAAGUGUUUAUAUAGGAAAUUGUAUAAAUGUAUAAAGUACUGUCCGAGACCCGAGUAGAAGUAAGUUUACUCCGUGUUAUAACGUUAGCUCGAUGAUGAUAACUGCACGAUUAUGACUCGCGUAUUAUAUAUAUUUCGUAAAAAUAUAUAUAAUAUUAUAUAUAUAAAUAUAUAUAUACAUACAUAGGAUGCUCCUUAAUUAAAUGUCAAUUCUUUAUGGGGUGAAUUCAGAAUCAAUGCAAGAAAAAAUGUCAGAUGAAACUUUAUUUUUCGAAUCGUAAUGAAGUAAAAAAAAUUUCUAAACGCGCGUCCUAUUUUCGCUGCAAUUUUUCGAAGACAAAUAAGAAGCGAAAGUUGGAAAGUAUUUCAGAAUUGGAGUUUUCGACACUCUCUCUCUCUCGAAAAGUCGACGAAAUAUAUCUCACUUUUCUUUCUUGUUUUCGAAAGAGAAACAAUUGCGGUGGAAGGCGGACUUGUUAAAUUUGCCAAUAAAGCCCGAACGACCUACGUGAAACGUUCGUCUCGUCUCGAACUGCAAAUUCCCCCGUAAGUAAAUUGACAUACAACUAAGGGCUGACCCGUACGUCACGUAGUCACGCGUUUACGAUAUUUCUAACGUAGGAGGAGUGGAAGUAACGAGGAUUCCGGAAUAUAUCAAGUAUAAAUAAUUCCGAAGGUAAACAGUUGCGUGCAUGACAGCUGAAUUAUUUAUUUCAGUCUUCUCUCUAUUCGUGAAUCUCACGAGGAGCCAGAUCGAUCCGGAAGGACUUGGGGGUGCAGCGUGGCCUUCUCUCCAUUGUGCCACGAGGAAAAAGAGACUAAUAAUAGCGCGGUAGAACGUGAAAUCGCGAGUUCGCCGCGCGAUCGUUAUACACAAUUAUCGUGUUGUUUGUCUAAACCGUUUUACUCUCUUUUUUAUGAUUUUUUAACGACUAAUUUUACGAUACAGCUAACCGCGUCCUCACGACAUUAUUAAUCGCCGUUUUUCUUUUAUAUAUAUAUAUUAUAUAACUUCAACGAGAAUUAAUUAUAAUCGAUGUUACUCCACGUGCGAUGUAGUUCGCAGACUCGAUAGACUAUAUAUGUAAACCUUGUGCGAGGACUAAUAAAGACGAUGUGUUAGUAAGUUA